AGCACUGGUUGCAACACGUGUCUGACACAAAAUUACUACGAAACAAUCGAUCAAUCUAUCGACCAUGUCACUUGUGAAUCAAACUUGUUGGGUUGUUGGUGGUGUCGGAGUCAUUGGACGUGGAAUCACCAGGGGACUGCUGAACGCCGGAGCCACCGUCAUCGUGAAUUCCCGCUCCCCCGAGCGACUGAACACUUUGUCUAGGGAUCUCGGCCAUCCGGAGCGCCUGGUCACGAUCGAGGGCUCACUGCUCCCCGGAUAUGCGAGCAAAACAGUGCGCCGAACCCUCGAUGCGAAUGCCCUGUCUCUCAACCACGUCGUUGCCCACGGGGCCGUGCGGUACUGGGGCGAUUUUGGCAAAGCCAAUGGAAACCGAAGAGACGAAUCCCACGUCGUGAUUUCACCGAGUGGCAUCGGUAGAUCGUUGUUGCAGACCACGACCCCGGAGGAAUUCAUGGCACCGGCAUCGCAGCUCGCUUCCCUUCAUUUUUCUGCCGCCCAGGAGCUCAUCCCCCGCAUCCAGUUCUCAAACGGCCCUUCGUCUUACACUUUCGUCACCGGAGAUGCCGGGGGACACCCCAAAGGCUACCGCUCGGCGUUCGGUGAAAUCAACACCCACCAUGUCUGGGGCCUAGCCGCUGCCUUGAGAAACGAGCGGUUCGAAAAAGAUGUUAAUUGUCGAGAAAUUCGUGUGCGUCUGCCGGUAAAUCGACCAGUUGAAGAGCGUCGGGAUCAACCACGAGGUAAAUAAAUGAAAACGGAGCAUCAUUUACGAAAAUUACGUCUUACAUUAAAGGUUGAUCUUUUAUUCUGAUCAAAAUCAUUUCUUCAAUUGUUCACAAUACUGAUGCACACUUUCUAUUUUUCCCAGAAAAUCCAUUAUCGGAAGAUAUUGGGACUCUUUGUGCUGGUCUGGCCACAACGUCUAAUGACAAGAAGGAAAGUGGGGCGCUGAUUGAGAUAGCAGAUCAAGCUUCACUAGAGUCACUUCUCGAUUUCUACGAAGCUGCUCUUUGUGGAUGACAGCGCUGGCGAUGCACUACAUUCUUAACAAAACGACCUUUCGCCGUGUAAACAAAGCGCAAGAUCUAUU